GUCCCGAGAGCCGAGCCUUCCGCCGCGCGAGCCGGGCGAGCUUUGCCGCGGAUGCCCUGCCCCGAGUGCUCCCUGCCGCGCCAGGCUUGCCAGGGUCCGCGGCGAGACAUGCCCGAGCCAGGCGCUGCACCGACCUCGACUUAUCUGUAAGCAGCCGAAGGAACCAUGGUCAGUAAGGAAACCAGCAAAUGCACACUCACGACGCCCGACAGUGAAGUGGAGCCGGCUGCCUGCCUGGCCCUGGAGAUGAAAUAUGCUCUGGAUCCCAAUCGGCAGAUUAAAAAGCGGAACAAAGCCCUGCAGGUGCGCUUUAAGGAUAUCUGUGAGGCCCAGAAUGAGCAGAGGGACACACACCUUUCCGCGGGACAGCUGGGCGAGAAGCGAGAGGCCAAACCUGGGUCCUGCAGAGCAGCUUACCGCAAAUACAUGACAGUGCCCGCACGCCGCUCCAUUCCCAAUGUCACCAAGAGCACAGGUGUGCAGACCUCACCAGACCUGAGGAAGUGUUAUCAGACAUUUCCUCUGGACCGAAAGAAAGGGAAUCUCAAAAACAUCCCAGCUGCAGAUCCCUUCAAAAGCCAAAACAAUGGGUUCCUAACAGAUGUGAAGGAGAAGAGCCAGGCAGGACCCAUGGAAGAGCUCCAACCAUGCAGCGCAGGGCGGAUAUACAAGACCACAGCCUUGGUUUUCCACUCCAAUGAGCAUGUGAACGCCAUGGACCUGCUCCCGGGGGUUAACUGUGCUGAGCCCUGCAAAAACCCCGAUGUGCUCAGCCACCCGGAGGCUCUACUCCAGAACUCCUCGCAGCCUCCCUCGGAAGAGGCUGUGCACCGGCUGCAGAGGAGAGCGAAGUCCGAAGGAGGCACCCCGGACUCAGAAGAGCCUACUCCACUGGCCCAUGGGAGGGUGUUUAAAACAGAGGUGGCCACCUUAUAUACACCUGCUAUCAGUACUAGGACCCCAGAUCCUGGCUUGUCAAACUCGGCUGCAGUCAGCCAGUGGUCCCUCUGCCCUGCAGAUGAGGAGCAGAGGAGAGCCACGCAUCUCAAUGGGCUGCAGGCAACCCCCAGCUCUGUACUGGCCCGCUCACCCCCAGGGCAGUGUCGGUCCCCCGAAUGUAAGGAACAGCCCCUGCAGAUCCAGCCCAGCACCACAGCCAUGGCUGAAGGGGAAGAAUGCCAGCAGAUUGUGCCUCACACGGAAGUGGUGGACCUCAAGGCGCAGCUUCAGAUGAUGGAGAACUUGAUCAGUUCAAGUCAGGAGACCAUCAAAGUGCUCUUGGGGGUCAUUCAGGAGCUAGAGAAAGGAGAGGCCCACCGGGAAGGGCUUUCAUAUCGGACGGGGCAAGACACAGCUAAUUGUGACACAUGCAGGAACAGUGCAUGUAUUAUCUAUAGUGUGGAGCUGGAUUUUAAGCAGCAAGAAGACAAACUCCAGCCCGUACUGAAGAAACUGCAUCCUAUUGAGGAAACUCAGGUCGCACCUUCGCCUUACACUCAGGAGACUUCCUCCUCAACGCCCAAGCAAAAAUCCAAAACGGAGUCCAAAAAGCACGGAAGAUGGAAACUCUGGUUCCUUUAAAACUCUUGAUGUGUGGAGUCUCAAGGCUGUCUUUAAAACCUACUGGAGUUAAGUUAAUCCUGCUCCAAAGAGGAACAGGAUGGAGAGAACUGCGGUGCCGAUACACGCACUCCCUGCUUCUCACCCUGAGUACCAAAAAGGCCUUUUGUACCAACAGACCAUUCACACAGCAAGGUGGUCAACGCGACGCCUUGCCUGCUGCUCUUUGCAGUUCACUGAUGUGGGAUGUAGAAAUCUAAAAUGAAACUCACAUAGUCAAAGAGGAUAAGUAAAAUGCGCUCCCCUUCCCUCCCCGAUCUACAAGUAUUAUGUUUCCAACCUGCAAAACGUCAGGCUGUCACUCUGUACACAGCUAAAACUCGUAAUUAUUUCCAAGCCUUUAUUUUUUCUUAAAAUAAUAAGAAGAAAAAGCAAGCCUUAUGUUUGCAAAGGACUUCAUUUUUAUGUUUCAUUUUGCAAAUAAGCAGGGGGCGAGUGCAAUUUUCAGCACAUCAAAUUCCGGAGAAAGCACAAUUUUUUCAAGUGGUCGGAGACCAUGAAUAAUCUCUAAAAUGUGACUCUAUGUAUAUUUGCCUUCAUGUGCUGUAGCGCUAAACCAAGUGACCACGUCUCAGUGUCACGUUGACACCUCAAAUUUAGCAUCCUCUUCAUCUCCAGACUACAACAUGUUUACUCUUCAUUUUCCAAAUAGCCACCAGCCAGGAGUCCCCCAAAGUCGAAACAUGCCUUUAAUCAUUGCAAGUUGACAGGGUCAGAGCUACUGGACAUUAAGCUUUCUUAGAUCUCGUUUUUAAUCUUUUGGUACCCAAAGGC